AUGGCUCCACUCACCCAAGCUGAGGUCGAUUCUGUCAUGCAGGAGCUCGGUCCAAUGACAGCAGAUGCAGAAAAGCGAACCGAGUUGGGUCUAAAGGUCUACAAAGCAUUGUUCAAUGCAAAGCCAGACUACAUCACAUUGUUCACUAAACUCCAAGGUCUGACCAAGGACAAUGUAAUGCAAUCCGACGGAAUCAAGUAUUACGGCAGGACUUACGUAGAAGACUUGGUGAAAUUCAUUCAGGCAGCUGCAAAGGAUCCGGAGCUACAGGCGCUGAUUGAGACCAGUAUUCAACAGCACAAGCAGAGAAAUGUCAACAAGGAACAAUUCCUUAUGGCACCCGUUUUCUUGUAUAGUGCUCCCAACGAUGCGGCCGCAUUGAUGCUUCGGUGGACACUAGUGUGCAAAGCGCGGUCAGAUCUGGCCCGGGCGGUAUUCACCCAUCGCGGCGGCCGAAGUGAAUGA